CGGGUCGCGGACGGUACGUCGCCAUGAUGGACGUGGACAACUUCGAUCACCUCGCCGCGGGGGUAUCGGUCACCGCGGACGGGAUGGUGAGCAAGGCGGACUUCGAGGCUGCGAUUCUAUCCGCGCAGGAGGCGCUCCGCGCGAAGAACGCGGCGUCGCAGACGAUGCUCCAGGAGGCGUCGUCCGCGAUGCGAAACGCGGUCACCGCGCUGUCGCUGUCCGAACAAGAGGUGGCGAACUUGCGCGUCACGGUGAAGGAGCUCACCGAGCGCGAGGUCCCGGGGCAGGAGGGCGCGCGGCUCAAGUCCGAGCGCGCGGCGUUGCGCGCCGCGCAGCGGCGCAUCGACGAGCUCAGCUCGAGCUUUCGAAAUUUGCAAUCGGAGAUCGCCCACGCGCAGUACGAGCGCGAGAAGGCUGCCGGCGAGCGCGUCCGCAUGCCCGUGGCGUCGAAAUUCCCCGUGCGCAUCGACCCGCUCCUCGCGUCUCGAGCCGUCGUCGUCGCGCAGCUCGUCAUGCUCGGCUACGACUACGACGACGCCGAGGACGCGAUCGACGAGUGCGGCGGCGUCAACGACGCCGGCCCGGCGCUCGCGCUCCUCGAAGCCAGGCGCGUUCUACACACUAGUCCCCAUACGACCGCGUUGGCGUGGUGAACGCCGAUCCUUAAGGACUUUGCCUGGCGCAUCUCUCCGCCCACCCCUCGCUUUCAAUCCCCGACCUCGGCGCCUUUCAACUCCAUCUGACGCCUUUG